UCCUAAAUACCAGUCUGUUUUUAGCCGCCCUCUCAACUCGAGAUGGCCGGGACUGUUGCGAAGGGCAGCUGCCUGGCAAGGGGAGGAAGGUGGGAAGAUGAUGCAAUGUGAGCAGCUUGUUGCAAGCCUGGAGCCAGCACAGGUAGCAGCGCUGGCCGGGCUGGGAGAGCCAGGGUGGGCAGUCGUGGCCAGGAUGAUUUGAUCUCAGGCGAGGAGUGUGUGCCCACCGCCCUGACGUGGUGAGGGUCGGCUGAAGGAGCGGUGCCUCCUUGCAGGCAGGAGGCCCAAACACAAAAAUGGAGUGUCAGAAAAUUAUCAAUUUUGGAAACCAGCUUCUUCGCCGGAAAAACGUGGACUGCACUCGAGAAGACAGUCGGCUCUUGCGAUGCCUCAACACGUUUGACUUAGUGGCUCUUGGUGUAGGCAGCACUUUGGGUGCCGGUGUCUAUGUACUGGCUGGAGCUGUGGCCCGGGAAAACGCGGGACCUGCCAUCGUUAUCUCCUUCUUAAUUGCUGCCUUGGCUUCAGUGCUGGCUGGACUCUGCUAUGGAGAAUUCGGUGCUCGAGUUCCUAAGACGGGAUCAGCUUAUCUCUACAGCUACGUGACCGUGGGCGAGCUGUGGGCCUUCAUCACAGGGUGGAAUUUAAUCCUCUCCUAUGUUAUUGGAACCUCGAGCGUGGCCAGAGCCUGGAGCGCGACGUUCGAUGAAAUCAUAGGCCGGCACAUUGAAAAUUUUUGUAAAAAAUACAUGACGAUGGACGCUCCCAGAGUGCUAGCAAAAUACCCAGACAUCUUCGCUGUGGUGAUAAUCAUCAUCCUAACAGGGCUUUUAAUUUUUGGCGUGAAGGAAUCUGCUCUGGUGAAUAAAGUGUUCACCUGCAUCAACAUCCUUGUCCUUGGCUUCGUCAUGGUCUCUGGCUUCGUGAAAGGGUCCAUUAAAAACUGGCAGCUGACUGAACAGGACAUAUACAACACCAACCAAAGCAUUUACGGAGACAAUCAAACACAGGAAGAAAAGCUCUACGGUGUUGGAGGGUUUAUGCCCUAUGGAUGGAAAGGAGUCCUCUCAGGAGCAGCCACAUGUUUUUAUGCUUUUGUGGGAUUUGACUGCAUUGCUACUACAGGCGAGGAGGUAAAAAACCCUCAGAAGGCCAUUCCUAUUGGCAUCGUGGCAUCUCUGCUCAUCUGCUUUGUGGCUUAUUUUGGCGUGUCAGCUGCCCUGACGCUCAUGAUGCCUUACUACCUGCUGGAUACCAAUAGCCCUUUACCCAAUGCCUUUAAAUACGUGAGUUGGGAAGGAGCCAAUUAUGCAGUGGCUGUUGGUUCCUUGUGUGCGCUUUCUACGAGUCUCCUUGGCUCCAUGUUUCCAAUGCCUCGAAUAAUUUAUGCAAUGGCAGAAGAUGGACUUCUCUUUAAAUUUUUGGCUAAAGUCAGCGAGAAGAGAAAAACUCCGAUAAUUGCAACAGUGACAUCAGGGGCCAUUGCAGCUGUUAUGGCCUUUCUCUUCGACUUGAAAGAUCUUGUGGAUCUCAUGUCCAUUGGGACCCUCCUGGCUUACUCCUUGGUGGCAGCCUGCGUGUUAGUACUGAGAUAUCAGCCAGAGCAGCCUAAUUUGGCAUACCAGAUGGCUAGGACAACAGAGGAGACAGAUAACAAUGAGUCUGUGAGCACCAGUGAGUCGCAGACUGGAUUUCUGCCAGAAGAAGAGGAGAAAUGUUCCCUCAGAGCCAUACUGUGUCCCCCGAAUUCAGAUCCUUCCAAAUUCUCUGGCUCGGUGGUGAAUAUCUCAACCUUCAUCAUUGGUUUCCUUAUUGUGGGUAGCUGUAUCCUCACUGCCAUUGAGCCAAGCAUUCUGAUAAAGGCUGUAUGGAUUAUUGCUGCCAUCCUUGUUCUUGUUGUCAGCUUCGUUAUAUGGAAACAGCCUGAAAGCAAAACCAAGCUCUCCUUUAAGGUACCUCUUUUGCCCCUUCUUCCUGUUGUGAGUAUUUUUGUGAAUGUUUACCUCAUGAUGCAGCUAGACCUAGGGACAUGGAUACGUUUUGCAAUCUGGAUGCUCAUAGGCUUUGUCAUCUACUUUACCUAUGGAAUAUGGCACAGCGUGGAAGCCACCUACACAGCCACAGCAGACGUGGAGAGAAACGCGGACGCUGGCUCGGACAGCUGUAAAUGACUGCCUGUGUGGCUCACGGGCAACUGGGGAACGGCUGCGGUGAAGGAAGCUUUGCGGUGGGAAUCCAGAACCGGGCUGCGUCUGCUUCAGCAGGAACAAGGAAGCGUAACGUGGGACUCCCCAGCCCUGUUUGCUGCAGCUUGCAGUUUGCUUAGUAGCACAGCUGAAAGGGAUCACAAGGAAAAAAGCCUCACCUCUGGCACUAAUCUGGGGCCAUGCGCUUUUCUUCCUCCCUCUCCUGUUUUGUUUUUUUUGUUUUUUUUUUUUUUUUUAAUCCCAGUGUAUAGAAAGAAAACUGCUUCUGUGUGCCAGUUAACCUUAAAAUGCUGCUAUGAAACCAGGCCUCACAAAGGUCGGUCUUUCAGUAGCCCCAGGAAUUACCUCCCCACAGAUACUCUACCUGAUUAUACCCGGAGCAGAUUUUGCAGUGCUACUGUCAGGCUUAGACCCGAUCCGUCCUCCACCUAAUGUGAGCUGUACCCCACGUGUACGCACAAAAAAAAAGGCUCUUGCCAGGCAUCGGCUUUCACCUGCUUAAGAAAGCAUCUGCAAGACUUGCGCGUUCUUUAAAGUAUCAGGUCUCCUGGUUUUUGUUGUAUUUAACUUUUUUUUUUUAAACCUACUUACUCAUAUGCUUUAAAGUGCACUGCUGCUGCGCAACGCUGGGAGGGUUUGUGGUCGCUGCUGGUCGGGUGGAUGGUCUCGUUUGCCAGUGCGCAGCUAACGCCAGCAGAUGUUUCUGCUGACGACACGCUCAGCAGAGGGAUCGCCAGGUUUAGUCACGAAACUGUGUGGUGCAAGUACCGGAAUGGCUUGGAAAGCAGAGGUGUCUCCAAAGAGCCGUCCUACCUCUCCGCCUUGGAAAUCACCAGUGGUGUGGCUGCAGCGGUGGUGUGGCCGGCAGAAGUGCUCGUGAGUCCAGCUCUGACAACAAGUGGGGCCCUGUUUUACUCUUCCCCACAUCAGUUUUGUGUCCCGGCCACGUGGCGUUAGCAAAGGAUUUGGCCAUGAGACCUUGGUUUGGCGUUGGCGGGUGGAGCACGUUUCUGCCCCGCAAAGGGGAAGCACGGGAAGAUCCUCGGGGGCUUGAACUUCAUCGGUGAGCGGUGCCUGGCAUCUGCCCUCUGCCCAGACAAGGGCUCUGGGGGUGGCAGGGGCCCUUGGUCCCUGUAGAGCCUGCAGCCCAGAAACCACCGCUAAGCUCUAGGGUCUGACUUCCUGAGAGGAGCUUUCCCUGUGGGUCUGGAGAUCAUCGCCAGAUCCUGGCUGUUGCGAAAGGUGGGAAAUUCAGAGUUCAGACCCAGGGUCUGUGUUUGGUUGGCAAUGCCUUGGUUUUGCUGUAAGAUGAAAUUUGGCUUUAAUUCUCUCCAAUAGCUUUCCCCAGCCGCAUUCACUACCCUAAAAAAGGCUUGUUAAAGCAUCGUGAAGGUGGGCUGUGCCCAUGUAAUGCCACUGAUUUCAAUUCCUGCUUCAGCUCGUACUGAAAAACAAAUCGGAAAAUCACAGAGUGGUUUGGGUUGCAGGGGACCUUUGAAGAUCAUCCAGUCCUGCCUCCCUGCCAUGGGCAGGGCCAUUUUUUACUAGACAAGGUUGCUCCGAGCCCCAACCAACCCAUCCUCAAACACUUCCAGGGACGGGGCCUCCCAAAUAGCUACUGCAGAAAUCCCUUCUCCCAACCUGAGCGGAUGCUGUCCUAGGUGUCCUCCACGCUGCUGCCUCUGAACACCGGACAAUCUUUAUUCUCUUUGUCAGCGUGGCUCUCGCUGAUGAAGAGAUGAAGUCUUGUUCCCGUUGUUCAGAUGGAGAAUUGAAGAACAGACCGCUGCGUGACUUGACCAGGGUCUCACCAGGCAUCCUGGUGCAGCAGAAAGGAGAACCAGGCCAUCAUCUCCCCAGGUUACAUGGCCAGGCUGUGCACUGUCUCACAGGUUUCCAAGAGAGACUUUAUAGCCUUUCUGUCCACCGAGGAGUUUUAAUCUCGGCCUGCUUCUAGUGCACUGGGAGACUCUUGCCAGGGUUGGAACUGGAGGGAGUGAAGGCAACACGUGCGUUGCCUCCCGAGUGCGUUUCAGGGUCUGUUUUGAGGGCAGCUCCCCCCCCAAAAUGAAGUCAGGGUCUGCUUCAGUUGCUGGGUCUUGAGCACCUGCCAAGCCUUUACUCCUUGUGCAUAUGCAAAGUCUUGCUCAGGCGGGGAGAAAAAGAAUGUUAAAAAUUAAAAGACACUAGGUUGAGGACUAUUUUGUUUAAACACAGGCAAGCUCUACACAUUCCACAUCCUCCCCGAAACCACUGAAUGUGUGGUGGGAGUGGGAGAAGAUGUGAACUCAGAGGGGAGCAAAGUUUCCCGUUGUACCAAAAAUGUAAGGAUGUUUUUCCUUACUUUGGGUACCAGCUUCUGAGCAAUUAUUCAGCAAUGACCAUUUCGGACUGAAUUCUGACUGGAAGUCUGUUUCCAAAGAAAAUUAUUUAAAAAUAUGCGGAUUUCUUGCUGUAUGUAAAUUUUUUUUUAUAUAAAUGUUAACUUAUUUUUGUUGUCUACUUAGGGAUCUGUUCUGGUAUUUAUAUUCCAUAACUUUGUUUCAGCUUUUAUGGCAUAUAAUAGCAGCAUGUAGAAGAAAGGAAAGUCCUGAUGGGGGGUCAUUUUGAUUCAGUUGCCUUUUUUCUGAGAAGGUUCAUAGGAAAGCCUUUCUGUGUCACCAGAUUUGGUAUUUAAAUGUGCCGUUAGCUGUACCAGCCCCAGAGCCACCCGCUGCGAAUUUGCUAUUUGAGGGGGGGUGGGGGUGUCCUUAGCCCCAUCUCCUCCCACUCCUCCAGCUUGACUUCUUCAACCCAACAGUUCCCUGCGGGCGGGUGCUGCCAUCUCUUCGUUGCUACUCACCAGAUACAAGGAGGUGGAGGGGGCCCGCAGCCCUGGGCAGUGACAGGGAAGCACAGGUGUGUCCCUGGCUCUUUUUUCUCCCUGCUUCCCCGUGUCCAGCUGGACCUGGGGACCUUCUGGCCUCCUCUUGGUGCGACUCGACCUGGGGAACGGACCAGUGGAGAGGUGAUGAGUUUGACACAGCUGUGUACUCCUGCAUCAUCCCCUCCUGGCUGCAUCCACCCCUUGCUUGUAUGUUUUGUAAGCUGAGAGGCAAAAUUUGACUGCCUCUUUCGAGGACAACGUCAAGGACUUUGCUGAAUGAGUGUUUUUUUUAUUUUUUCUUUUUUUUUUUUACUGUCUCCUCUGCCUCCCUGCUGAUGUCUGCAUAGAUCAAGCCAGGUAUCUUUGAAGACAUGCAACUGCUGCUAUAACCUUGCUGUUGUGAAUAAUACGCCUUCAUUCAUUUGAGCUUUUCUUUGUAAAUAGUUCAGUUGUUAUUUUAUUACAAGAAUAUUUUGUACAGGUGCAGCGCAUUUCGCUGUAUGAAGAGGUGGGAAUAGAGACGCGAUGCCUUUGCUUGACAUGAGAAUAGAUCCUUUUCUGCCAAAGCCAAGAGAUGUGGUAAAAAUGGCCUGCCUGACCUUUCAGGGCGGGCUCUGGCCCAAAGGACUGACUUUCUUUCAGGGUAUUUGGUUGAGAGGAGCGCUCCGGGGACGCUGGUGGAAGGGUCCUACUGACUGCGGGUGCGUGGUGGGCAGAGGUGGGCAGCGCUGAGGCUGCAGUUUGCAGUUCCAGAGCAAAUCCAGAUACAUAGCUAGCCAGCCUUUCUCAGUGCAAAAUUGCUGUCGAAACAGCUUCCCCCCCCCACCAAAAAAAAAAAAAAAAAAGAAAUGUUUUGUGCAAAAAUGACCAGCUUUUGCUUAGUUGCGUACAACUUCCAUUCUUUAGUCACUGAAAAUCAUUAUCGACUGGGCUUUGGCUUCAUUUCACCCUUUUCCUGACCCUCAGGGUGGAGUUUGCUGCCCUUUCUGGGGUGUCGGGCAGCUCUGCGAUGUGCGGGGGGUGCGGGGCUGCCCCCCGCCCCAGCUGGGGUGGGCUGAGGGGCGAGAGCGCGGCUGGUUCGGAGCCGUUUGUGCUUGGCCUCAGGAGGGAAGAGGGAGCUGCAGGGAUCCGCGCUGGGGAAAACACGGCGGGUGCUGACGCCGCGCGUUGCUGUCUGUUGCCAGGGUUUUAGAGACUUAAAAGUUUUAGCCGGCAGUGCUUGCUGUGGACGCUCACCCUUCGUCCACCCCGGAUGAAAGCAAACUCCUGUUCAUGGUGUACAGAGGGUGCCUGUCGCUGCCUGCUGCCUCCAUUCUACUGACUCAGAGGCUAGAAAGCAAUGUGAUAGGGUAUUAGACUUACAUUUGCAAAAUCUGCUUCCUUAGGAUAGAUAGUUUAUAUAGUAAUGAAUUCCGGUGGGGUUGCUUAAAUUCGCCCCCCCCCCCCCAAAAAGCCACGUACAAGUGAGCGUCGGUGUCAUCUGCUGCCGGCGGGCCUUGCUGUGAAGGGGGGGAGCAGGAACGGGGCUGGUUUUCGUGCCGCAGGCUCCCCUGCAGUCCCUCCCCGGUCAAAGGAAGCCUCUUCCCUCUGGCAGAAAAAGCAUCUCUCUUCCUAAACCCUUGGAUAACCUUGCAACGUCCGCUAGGCCCGACUUGACGGGCGGGUUCCGUUUCUUCCUUCCCCUUUACCAUUAAAAAACUUGCGCUCGUUCAAGGCUGAAUCCAUACGUACACAGCGGGCCAGCGCUCGCUGACCACCUCCCCUCUCCUCGGGCACGCCGGCCGCCCGAAACCGAGCUGAAGGGAAAGCACCUUGCUGGUGCCACGGGCUGCUCCACCCGCGGUCGCUCGCCGCGGGGUUCAUCGGUCAGCUCCCGCAUAAACCCACCCCCCCGGGGUUGCCUUACACCCUACCUUACAGUUGCCACUUGCCACCCACCUGGAAACCAGACGAUCCCGCAAGCGUCUCCGCUCGCAAGAGCCAGACCUCGAUUUUUUUUUUUUUUUUUUUUUUUUUGUCUCAGGGUAUUUGCUCCUGGCUCAGGCUGCGAGGUCCGUCUGAGGCCUGGCGGGCUCCAGCCAGCGAGGCACCUCUCCCUCUCAGCCCCACGCGGGGUGGUGGUUUCGGCAGAGUCACUCGUGGUUUUGGGACACCGGUGGGAAGCAAAGGGUUCCCGUGCAGCACGUCGUGCCUUCCAGCUGCGCUGGGCGCAAGGAGCAGGAGGAGCCGCUGGCAGCCCGGAGGCAGUGUGCUAGCAAACCUAACGAGAGUUUGGGUCGUGUCAGUAAAGGGGUUUUUACUGACUGAAGCCAUGGAAGAGUCUGUAUAUUUUUAUUUUUUAAUUAUUAAGCAAAAUGUAAAUACCUUUCUGUUGUCUGUUUGAUGGUCUAUUUUCCUAAUGAUUUCUCAGAAUUUCUUACGGGCGUAAUAAAUAGUUUUAAUGCUUGUUCUGGAAACAAAACUAUUUUUUAUCUUUGUUUUGGUUUGAUUUUUUUUUUUUUUUUUUUUUUACUGUGUUCAUGUAGCGAUUAAAGCCUUAAGUUUUAAAAUGUGAACCUUGCCCUCAGAGCACAACGUGGGUGUGCGGCUACUUUUUAUCCUGGCGACGCUGUAAAUACUUCUCCCCUGAACGAUGCUUUUGGAAUUUGGAAACUCUCUUGUAAUUAUGUGGUACAGCAUUAAAACAUUUUUCUCGAUAUCCAGAUAAA